GGCAGUUGGGGACGCUUGAGUGGUGUUACUGUUCCUCGUGUCACACCCAUCGACAUUUGUAGACCCGAGCAGUACGGCCCGGUAGCAGCAUCUGGACGGUCUCUAGAAUCGCCAUGGUGGGCCUCCUCAACUAUCGGGCGAGGGGCAUCGCCCUUCUGCUUUUGGGUGCCUUUUUGGCCUCAGGAGUGUACGCCGGUGAUAAAUGUGACGCGCACCAGUAUUUCGAAGAGGGCCAUGAUGUGAUUGAAACAUGGAGACUCGUACUUGGUACCAUCUUCUUCAUCGUCGUGCUGCCUUUCAUUUUCUUCGAAAUCCCGUUCUUCCCCAUCGACACCACGGUGGCCGUGAUGAUUGGCGCCCUCUUCAUGGUCGGAACCACUGUCAUCACCCAGGAGCACACCUACGAGAUUCUGGGAGAGGUUGAAAACCUGAGGACAAUCUUUCUGUUGAUGGGCAUGAUGCUGAUGGCGCAGUACUUCGAGCGAGAGCUCAUCAUCAACAAGAUCCUGAAGCGGUUUCUCAAGAACAACACAAGCAUGUAUGGCUAUUUGUGGAGAGUGGGACUCAUGUGUUUCAUAUUGUCAGCGCUCUUUACCAACGACGCCGUCUGCCUGAUCGUGACCCCCCUCGUGCUCCGACACUGGGCCCAGCAGAAGAGGCAGCACGAUGAGCUAGAGACCGUCUUGCUGUGUAUUGCUACCAAUUCAAAUAUCGGCAGUUCGAUGACCAUUUUUGGCAACCCACAAAUGGCUCUUAUUGCCUCCGUCACCGACUCCCACCCUUACAGCCGCCUGGACCUCCUCACGUGCCUCAUGUACAUCGGAGUGCCAGCCAUAAUUGGGUAUUUUCUCAACCUGGCCUUCUUACUCAUGCACUACAAAUAUGGCUGUAUGACCAAAAGUGCCUCUCCGCCGUUGUUAGGAUACGACAGCAACGACCCACUGGACUUCACCAUGGGGGAUCAGCAAAACACCUUUCUGGAAGAGUCUGGGUCCGUUCUCAGUAAUUCGGGGCGAGCGGGAGCGCCUGACCGCAUCAAAGAGACUUGCGUCGACGGUCGCGAGAGGAAAAGCAAGGAGAACGCUGGCGCUGACGAUGUCAGAGUUUGUACCCCCUCGACAGAUACUAAAGAAGAGAAAAAGAAUCCAGAUGCUUAUGGUCCAACUGAAUCCUUACCGUUUCAUAUUUGCCUGUGCCUGACAAUGACCCUUGUAGUGGUGCUCUUCAUCGCAUCCACCAAGGAGGUACCCUUUGACAUCGGUUUGGUCCCUAUGGCCGGUGCCACCCUGAUCAUGAUCUCCGACGCCAUCAUCAACAAGCGUAACGCCCUGCAGACAAUGAAGAGAAUAGACUGGGACGUCCUGGUUCUCUUCUUCGGCUUCUUCGUCUGGCUGGGCGCGUACAACCACACCGGCAUACCACGCUGGUUCUGGAUGCAGUUGGGCUUGGACCACAACGAGAUGAAAAGCUUCGUAGAAAUUGUGAUCAUGGUCAGUUUUGUCAUUGUAGGCUCCAAUCUGUUCAGUAACGUGCCUCUGUGUAUUUUGGUUUUGGCGCAGCUAGAUCCGUGCAAGAAGCAGCUGGGGAUGGUGCUUUUUCUCGGCUGGGUUUCUACCGUUGCCGGGAACUUAACGCUGUUUGGAAGCGUCGCCAAUUUGAUAGUUGCUCAAAAGUCUCUGACCACCCUGAAGUUUAGGCUGACAUUCUGGGCAUACUUGAAAUACGGAUUCAUUACCACGCUGAUCAUUUGCAUUCUAGGCGUGCUCAUUAUCUACGGACUACUACUGAUAUGAUCAUUUUUGCAUUACGUUUGUUCUUUGUUAUCAAACUUGAUAAACACAAUACUUGUAUAUAAAAGUUGAUUUAUCGUUUAUUUAAAUGGAAUUAUUUGCUAUUUCAACUAUAUCUAAACAAAUUUAUAGUAUCUAUAUAUCUGUACAUAGUGGACGGAAUUUAUAAAUAAAUUUUCCUUUUGGAUUCGAGCUUUAAAUCGAGCAGUUUCAUUGUGUUCUAGUUCUUAGAUUGUUUGAUAAACACACAUAAAAUGCUUUUUUGACAUUUUGUCCAUGAAUAAAUAUUAAGCAAAGAUGA